UUGACAGUAUAGAUGUGCCCCUUGUUGUGUGGGCUGGCCUCUUAUCUAAAUCAGAGCUGUACAAAAUAUUUAAAACCAUGAGAAACAAAUAUUAUUAGAGGUUUGUGCAUUUUUUUAAUCAUGUAAGAAUACCGGCUAGAGACGGUAGAACCAACGGCCGGCAGCAGACAGGUUUACCGGUUUAGACAGUCUCGGAGGUCCGUUGAAGAAAGAGCUCUUUGCCACCUCUCCCUCUUUUUCGGUUUUCGCCUUCUUUUGCGUAAAAUGUAUGUGUGUUGGCAAUUUCUUUACGUGUAUUUCAGUUCUAGCGUGGACUUCUUUUCCACAACUUGGCCGAGUCUUUUGCUCUUCCUUAACGCAUUUCCAUCGGGCUUAGGAUUUUUACUAGCAGAAGGUGGGUGGGCUUUUUUAGUUUGUUGUUAGGCUUUUGAAAUGGUGUUCUGAGGUUCAAAGUGUGGCGCAGAGGGUCAUACAGAGUGGGAAGAGCAGAAAUCUGAUUAUAAUAGGUGUUCGUUAGUGGAGUAAACAGUGGCAAAGGUUAAUGACAAUGCUGAUUAGAAUAUGCUUGGGGAAGGCAGGGUAGAGGAAAGAGAAAUCUAGCUUUGAGUGCAGGGGAGCGAUAAACAAGAGAGACAAAGCAGCAGAGAAACAGGGACAAAGAGCUUGUUGGGUACAGAGUUAUACAAGCCACUAGAAGACCCAUUUGAGAAAACAAGGAAGCGUUACAGAUUUCAGAAUGUGGAAGGUUGUUAAAUCUAGCAAAAAGGGACCAACACAGGCAGAACAGGCUUUUAGAGGACAAUAAAUGUGUGCUUCAAACUGAAAACUUCAAGGGUAGUACACACAUUUUGGAGAUAAUAUAGAAUAGAUCAAACCCACAACCAGUGUACACCAGGAUCAAAGCCAACGGCCAAGGAGCACAUUUCGGGACCACAGAUCAGUAAUACCAGGUGGGUGUUAGCUGAGCUGUCAAACACUACAUCUUGAGAACACCCAGAUCAGCUUAACCAAGUGGGUACAAGCAGAGUUCUAAAACAGGACAUUUCUGAAAGACACCCAGAUCAGCACACGCCCAUGUAGGUAUUGCCAAAGCACUGAAAAGGUUCAUUCUGAGACACCCAAAUCAGACACAAAACACUGCUGACUGAAAGAGGGAUAUACAUUGUGAGUCAGUCCAGUUUAGCAGAGGAUAGUACCCGUGAAGGUGAGUGGAACUUGGAAGACAGUUCUUGUAAUAGCAAAAGUGAGAGUCUAUCCAUGUCUGGAGCAGCUAAAGUAAGGGCCACCCUAAACAUAGCAGAUUCAGAAGGGAGGCCGGUACUUCGGCCCGCAGCAGGGAACAACACUCCAUCCUCUCCGGGGGAGGGUGUUCCUGCAAAACCCACAUCAAAGCCUACAGCCAAACAACACCCAUCAAAGAAUCCCAAAACCCCGCCUUCAGACAAUGAGGCCAAGCCCGCUUCUCCUUCCCCUAAGAUUAUUUCCCCUACACUGCCUGCUACGGCUUCGAAAUCUCUUCCAUUAACCAACGAGUCCAAGACCAAUGCAUGUGGAAAAGUGCCUCUCAGAAAUGGCGUCUCCAAAAGUGUGGCAGGGGUUAAGUCCCCCAGGCUGAAUUGCAGUUUCGACAGUGGCAUCAAACCAUCUUCCUUCAAAGGGGGUAGCAUUAGCUUUUCCCUUACUGCCUCUUCUUGCUCUUCUUCAGAGGGUUCUUCCGACUCAUCUUGCAGCCUUGCUGCAAUGAAAAAGGCGGCUUCCGUGGAGCUUUAUGCACAGCGAAAACUCAAAAUCGCACAAUAUGGACGAAAACAGGGUUCCCCGAAGCCUGUGAAAGUGGCCCCAGAUGACAUUUCCAUGUCUCCUCCUCCCGAGGAAGCCAAGAAGAGAUGUGGGUGGAUUACUUCUCAAAGUGAUCCAGCUUAUGUUGCUUUUCAUGAUGAAGAAUGGGGCAUACCAGUUCAUGAUGAUAAGAAACUAUUUGAGCUACUUGUGCUAUCUGGUGCUUUGGCAGAACUCAGCUGGCCAGCUAUACUCAGCAAGAGGGACAACUAUAGAGAAAUGUUUUCAGGAUUUGAUCCUGUUGCCGUGGCAAAAUAUGACGAGAAGAAAAUAAAAUCUCUAAAGUCAAUCUGCAACAUAAUGUUAAAUGAAGGGAAGCUUCGUGGGAUUGUGGAUAAUGCUAAAAACUUCCUUAAGAUUAUUGAGGAGUGUGGAUCAUUUGAUAACUAUUGCUGGGGUUUUGUUAAUCAUAAGCCAGUUGUCAAUAAAUAUAGAUACCCCAGACAAGUUCCAGUGAAAAUUCCCAAGUCAGAAGUAAUCAGUAAGGAUCUGGUUAAAAGGGGUUUCCGAUUUGUUGGCCCUACGAUCAUGUAUUCUUUCAUGCAGGUGACAGGAAUGACAAAUGACCAUCUCGUGAACUGUUUUAGACAUGAGGAGUGCAACAUGCCUUCCAAUGAACAACAAUCAGGGUAUCACAAGAAAGAUUAUGUGGAUGAUACUAGCAAAAAAGAAGUUGAAAGGUUGGUCAUAGCUAUUGAAAAUUCAACCCCCUUCCAAGAUUGUAAUGAGGUGGCUUGAGCGUUUAUCAUGUACUUGUACUCUGGGUUCUGUUUUUCAUUUGAAAUUUGCAAAAAUAAACCUUUUGUACUUAAUGUUACAUUUUAUGGAGUAGAAAGAAAGGAGGCAUAUCCUGAACAUUCUGAUCAACUGGCUACAAAGAGAGACCUACGAAGGCGAAGGUGCAAUUGGAUGAAAUUUGAAAAUGUAAAAUGCACAUUAUUUUUUCUUCACAUGUCUCAGCUGUUUAGCUGAGCAGCAGUGAAAAGUCGCUUGACUUGGCUGCUUUUAAUCCUGGAGGUCCUGAGACUUGUGUAUUGUACAGAGACAUUUGUACUUUGUGGACAGGUGUUUUGUGUAUGACACAAAUGAUCUAGCUCCUUGGCUGCAGGCAAUAGUAUAUUCUAAUGAAGAGUUGUAUAGAAGUGAAGCUGGUAUACAUUUUGUAGAUAAACUUCAAAAAGAAAGAGACGCUUUUAGAAAUCCUUUUUGUGCUAUUACAAUUUGAUGUCGAUGUUGUGAGAUUAGCUGAUUUGGAUAGAUUGUGUCGAAUAUAUUGGAUUGUUGACUUAUAAUGACAAGUGACACAGUUUUAUAGAUUUCUAUGUUUGGCGGUUUAGAA